CCGGAGCUAGGCCGUGUAGGAGGUCCGGGGGGCAGAAGCUGGCCCGGAGCCGGCACCGAAACGCCCCAGAGGUUCGUAACCUGGCGAAGACGGCAGUGUCGCUUUUCAGAGAGCCACCGGAGAUCGGCUUGGGGACUCGUCACGGGCAGCGUGAAGGCACCGCGCCCGUCCCGCUCCCCCGGUCAGCGAAGUGCCCCGGCACCGUCAGGAGACGAGCGGCUCGCGAGAUGAGGGAAUGGAGGUACUUUGCCCUGCAAUCCUUUCUUCUUCAAGACUAGAAAAGCUGUUUGCACUUUGCUUACCAGACGCUCUGGAGCUUAUCUGAAAGGAACAGCUUUAGAGAUGGGAGCCAGAAUGUUGAGAAUUAUGGGGAGAUUUUCAGUAAAUGUGUUGAAGACAUCAAGUUUGUACAAUAAGUACAUGUGUUUCAGAAAUACAAAAAUGAGAGUCAUGACUGUGCCACAGCAAAACUGCAGUCUGAGAAACUACAGUUCUCCACCAGGAGAUGUUAAGUCUCUGCAUUCUGUCAUUAAUCCUCAUAUAUCCAGAAUCCGAAACAUUGGCAUUAUGGCCCACAUUGAUGCAGGCAAAACUACAACAACAGAGAGAAUGCUGUAUUAUUCUGGAUAUAUAAGAACGCUUGGAGAUGUUGAUGAUGGAGACACGGUGACAGAUUUUAUGGCACAAGAGCGAGAACGUGGUAUUACCAUUCAGUCUGCUGCUGUUACAUUUGACUGGAAGGACUACAGAAUCAAUCUGAUUGACACCCCAGGCCAUGUGGACUUUACAGUGGAAGUUGAGCGUUGUUUGAGAGUCCUGGAUGGAGCAGUAGCAGUAUUUGAUGCUUCAGCUGGUGUUGAGGCACAGACUCUGACAGUCUGGAGACAAGCAGACAAGCACCAGAUACCACGAAUUUGCUUUUUAAACAAGAUGGACAAAAACAGGGCAAGUUUUACAUAUGCUGUUGAAAGCAUCAAACAAAAGUUGAAGACAAAACCUUUACUAUUACAGUUGCCCAUUGGGGAAGCCAAGACCUUCAGAGGACUGGUUGAUGUUGUGACUAAGGAGCAAAUAAUUUGGAAACCUGCUUCUGAUUUGGAUGAUGGCAGAAAGUUUGAGCGAAAGCUGCUGCUGGAGACUGAUGAUCCAAACCUAUUCCGAGAAGUCCAGGAUGCAAGAAAUACCUUAAUAGAACAAGUUGCAGAUCUGGAUGAUGAAUUUGCUGAACUGGUUCUAGGAGAAAAUAGUGAAAAUUUUGACUUAAUACCAGCUGACAAGUUGCAUUCUGCUAUCCGCAGAAUCACGCUAGCUCAGAAGGCUGUCCCUGUCCUCUGUGGCAGUGCACUGAAGAACAAAGGGGUGCAGCCAUUACUGGAUGCUAUUACUCUGUACUUGCCUGCACCUAAUGAGCGUUCAUAUGAGUUUCUACAGUGGUACAAGGAUGACCUGUGUGCCCUGGCAUUCAAAGUUCUUCAUGAUAAAUGUCGUGGACCACUAGUUUUUGUUCGUGUUUACUCAGGUUCAUUGAAACCUCAGUCAGCUGUAUAUAAUAUUAACAAAAGUUGCACAGAGAGAAUGAGCCGGCUGCUCCUGCCUUUUGCUGAUCAGCAAAUUGAAAUACCAUCACUAAUGCCUGGCAACAUUGCCCUGACUGUUGGGUUAAAACAGAGUGCCACAGGAGAUACCAUUGUGUCAUCCAAGGCUUCAGCCAUUGCUGCAGCACGCCGAGCUGGAAGAGAUGCUGGGGAAAAGAAGAGGUCUCUGAGUGGCACAGACAGUCUUCUGCUGGCUGGUGUUGAGAUCCCUGAGCCUGUCUUCUUCUGUACCAUCGAACCACCUUCAAUGGCCAGACAACAAGACUUGGAUAAUGCAUUGAACUGCCUUCAGCGUGAAGAUCCAAGUUUAAAAGUGAAGCCAGAUCCUGACACAGGACAAACUAUCCUCUGUGGCAUGGGAGAACUACACAUAGAAAUCAUUCAUGACCGAAUCAAACGUGAAUAUGGAAUUGAAACUUAUUUGGGACCGCUUCAAAUAGCAUACCGAGAAACCAUCCUAAAUGCUGCCCAAGCUAAAGAUAUAUUGGACAAAACAGUAGGUGAUAAACGACACUGUGUAACUGCAGAGGUAGAGGUGAGACCCAGAUCAGGAGAAGGAACAACAACAAAACCCAUUAUCAGCUAUGCUGAGAAUGUCAGUGAAGUACUGCCCAAAGAACUCCAAGGAGCUAUAGAAAAUGGAAUCACAAAUUCAUGCAUUCAAGGGCCUCUGCUUGGAUUCCCAGUUCAAGAUAUAGAUGUGACUGUGCAAUCACUGACAGUGCACCCAGAUACCUCACACACAAUGGUAUCAGCCUGUGUCUCCCGUUGCAUGCAGAAGGCUUUGAAAAAAGCUGGUAUACAAAUACUGGAGCCCCUGAUGAACCUAGAAAUCACAGUAAGUGAAGAUCAUCUCAGUGCAGCACUUGCUGAUCUUGCACAGCGGAGAGGUAAUAUUCAGGAAAUUCAGUCUCGUCAAGAUAACAGAGUCGUGGUCGCUGCUGUUCCACUAGCAGAAAUGCUGGGCUACUCAACAGUUUUGCGUUCUCUAACAUCGGGCUCAGCAACGUUCACAUUGGAGCUUGCCAGUUACCAAGCCCUAAGCACUCAAGAGCAAAGUGCACUUCUUCAGAGAAGGAUGGGGUUAGUGUGAUAUUUACUCUCCAGGAACAGUAUUUUCCUAUCCUCCUGUUAAAUAUUCCGUAUGUACACCAGUGUGUUCAUCUAGGACCAACUGGUGAUGGCAAAUAAUGAGUUAGCAGCUGUAUGAACAGACUGCUUGUAACUGUCCAUGGAGGAAGGUUCAAGAGACUCUGCUCUGCUGGCAUAACCUGGUGAUUGCAAAGCAGGGAUGCAGUCACAAAUUGUUGCUUUGCAGAUGCAAAUCAUCUUCACAUAAAUGACCACCCAGUCCACCUUCAUGUGCCACAGGGACUGUUUUCAUAAUCUAGUAAAUAAAGUUUGUGAAAUUUUUGUCUAUCACUGAAAUAACUUUCCAGUUUUGGCACUCUGUAUCUUAUUUUCAGGUGUAUAAAAGAUAUGGUUAAUAAGCACUUUACACUGUAUGACUUACAGGUAUUUUUGUGGUAGGAACCAGUUAUGAACCACAGAUCAGGACUGGGUGUAAUUUCUCCCUGAGUUUAGCAAGUUAGUGAAAUGGAUACUUCUGCAAAUCAAGUAAGAUCUGUGCAAAAAAACAAAACCAAAAAGGCAGUUUUUCCAGGACAGUAAUUCCUACCUACCACCCUGCAGUAUGUUGAGCAAUGAUUUGUUUGUUUACAUUUAGGAACUAGUGAAUUAAGCUGUAAUGGUUCUGAUUUGCUAUGGGUUGCAAUUAUCUGCUUACCUAGAAAAGUGACAAGUGAUACUUUGAAAUAAAAGUGAUAGUUUGCUCCUAAUUUAAAUAGCUUCUUAGCUUUAUUUUUUUUCAAACUAAAGAGUGUUUGAGGAGACUGGAAUUAAUAACUCUCUGGUAUUAAGUUUCAUGAUUUCACAGUGAAGAAUCUCUGUUUUUGAAAGGUUAAAACCAAUCAUUUUUACUCCAACAAGGCUGUCAAAUAAAUUUAUUUUAAAAG